ACGUGCCAACUGGGAAUGUUGUCCUCGCGAGAUUUCGCCAGGCAUCCGUCCGAGCUGCGAAAGGAGCGGAGAGUAGAGGAGCAAUUUGCGAUGGAACGGAAGCGUUUACAUGGACAAGUGGCCGCUGCCAUGUCUUCUUGGCUCAUCGGCUUGCUAACACUCGCUGUCGUGCUCCACGCUUCCUCCGGGGCUCAAUCGCGCAGCAUCUCGCCAGAGAAUCUUCUGGUUAUCACAGCUGCCACGGAAGAGACGGAUGGCUUUGUGCGCUUCAUGAGGACAGCCAGAGAGUUCAACUACACAGUGAAGGUUCUGGGCCUGGGAGAGGAGUGGAAAGGUGGCGACGUUGCUCGUACGGUGGGCGGCGGGCAGAAGGUGCGCUGGCUGAAGAAGGAGCUGCUCAAACACUCAGAGCACGAGGAGAUGGUGAUCUUGUUUGUAGACAGCUACGAUGUAGUAUUCGCGUCGGGUCCCGAGGAACUCCUGUACAAAUUCUCACGACUGGGCCACCGUGUGGUGUUCUCCGCCGAGGGCUUCUGUUGGCCGGACCAGAGGCUAUCUCCCAAGUACCCUCCCGUGCAUUCGGGGAAACGCUACCUCAACUCGGGAGGGUUCAUUGGCUUCGCCCCAGAUAUCAACGCCCUGGUCCAGCAGUGGAAGCUGAAAGAUGACGACGAUGACCAGCUUUUCUACACCAAAAUCUACUUGGACCGGGCACAGCGGACCAAAUUCAAUAUGACGCUGGACCACCGCUCCAGGAUCUUCCAGAACCUCAACGGUGCCGUUGAUGAAGUCGUCCUCAAGUUCGAGAAGGCCAAGGUCCGCGUGAGGAACGUCGCCUAUGACACACUUCCUGUUGUUAUUCAUGGCAACGGACCCACUAAGCUGCAACUCAACUAUUUGGCCAACUACGUCCCGACGGCGUGGACAUACGAGGAGGGAUGCGGCAACUGUGAUGAUGAUUUAAUUUUCUUUGACAAAGUAGAUGACCAGGAAAUGCCGCUGGUGCACGUGGCUGUGUUCAUCCACCAUGCUACGCCCUUCAUGGAGGACUUCCUGGAGCGGCUGACCAAACUCAAUUACCCGCUGGGGCGCAUCCGUCUCUUCAUCCACAACAACGUGGUGUACCACGAGCGCCACAUUCACGAGUUCUGGCAGCGCCACCGUUCUUUUUUUCCCGACGCCGUGCUGGUCGGACCCGAGGAGAACCUGCAGGAGGACCAGGCUCGCAAGAUGGCUGUGGAGAGGUGUCUGAAGAAUUCCCAUUGCGAUUACUACUUCAGCAUCGACUCGGAUGUUGUCUUGACCAACCCCGACACCCUGAGGAUUCUCAUGGAGGAGAACAAGUCUGUCAUUGCGCCCAUACUAUCCAAACCCGGCAAGCUGUGGAGCAACUUCUGGGGCGCCCUUAGCGCCGAAGGCUACUACUCCAGAUCGGAAGACUACAUCGAGAUUGUUCAAGGGAAGAGGAUCGGCCUGUGGAACGUUCCGUACAUGUCUCAGGCCUACUUGAUCAAAGGCAGCGUGCUCCGCUCCAAACUGUCCAAGGUCAACCUGUACGAGGACCCCAACUUGGACCCAGACAUGGCGUUCUGUCGGCGGGUCCGAGAACAGGGAGUGUUCAUGUUCGUGUCCAACCGCGACGACUUUGGCCGUCUGGUGUCGUCCAACAAUUUCAACACAUCCAGGCUGCACCCGGACAUGUGGCAGAUCUUUGACAAUCCUCUGGACUGGAGGGCCAAGUACGUCCAUGAGAACUACUCCAAGAUCUUUGAGGACCCUAAGAGCUUUGUGGAGCAGCCGUGUCCGGAUGUAUAUUGGUUCCCGGCCUUUUCGGAGAAGAUGUGUGACGACCUGGUGGAGACCAUGGAAGACUAUGGGAAAUGGUCCGGCGGCAAGCACACGGACGAACGUCUGGCUGGUGGCUACGAAAACGUUCCCACUGUGGACAUCCACAUGAAUCAGAUUGGAUUUGAGAAGGAAUGGCUCAAGUUUCUGAAAGAGUACAUUGCGCCCAUCACGGAAAAACUCUAUCCUGGGUACUCGCCUAAGGCUCAGGCCAUCAUGAAUUUCGUGGUGCGCUACCGUCCCGACGAGCAGCCGUCUUUGCGACCGCAUCACGACUCGUCCACGUUCACCAUCAACAUCGCCCUCAACAGCAAAAACGUUGACUACCAGGGCGGAGGUUGCCGGUUCCUGCGUUAUGACUGCAAUGUGGAGUCGCCCAGGAAGGGCUGGUCCUUCAUGCACCCCGGCCGCCUGACUCACUACCACGAGGGUCUGCCCACGACCAGCGGAACCAGGUACAUCAUGGUGUCCUUUGUGGACCCCUAAACCUCUGAAAGGAAACAUGUGCUUAAGGAGCUUUGGGAUUUCACUUCUCUAGCUUUUUAGAGGGAUUUCUCAAUUUUUUUAAUGGGAUAAUUUUGUCACAGUGGUGCCUUUUUCUUGAACCGCAAACACACUGUGUGUGUGCAUGUGACUUAAGACAUUUUAGAAAGAGUGAAAAAGAUUUUAGUGUUGAAUUUCCUUUUUACCUUGGUCAUGUAAGCGGGGCUUUUCCGUGGACUAUUUAUAUUUGGAAAAAAGGAUCCACCUCCACGCUUGGCUUUGUAUAAACUGCUUUAAAUUAUUUAAAAGCGAAUGGAUAAACUUUUCGACACAAUGAAAAUACUCCAAGCUCUUUUAAUUUUAUCCCAAUUGUUUUGGAUCAAGAGCACCGCUAACAGGUGAGAAUGUGAGCCAUGCUGUUGUAACAGUGUGAACAAAAGUGCUAUACAAAUAAAGUAUAGACGUAAAAUGA